GUCUUCCUUUCUUUAUCAAAAAUAUAAAUAAAAUACUCUCAAUUAAUCCAACCAAACGUAGUAGCCUAGCCUUCUCCGAUUAAAAGUCAGCUCUUAUUGGCCAAAGAAGGGAUAUUUUAUUUUUAUUAUUUUUUUGGAAAAAGAAAAGAGCGAAGUUGGAUCCGAUCUUAGCUGACUGAUGAGCUCCGACGGGUCAGAAACGGCGGGAACUGCCGGAGCUAAGGAAACCUCGCCGUGUAGUUCUUCAACGUCGGCGGUGACCGGGGACAAGGAGAAGCAGAAGGAGAAGGCAAGGGUGAGCAGGACAUCGCUUAUACUAUGGCACGCGCACCAAAACGACGCCGCUGCGGUCCGUAAGCUCCUUGAGGAGGAUCGGACCCUGGUUAAGGCCAUAGACUACGACAGCCGUACUCCGCUCCAUGUGGCGUCUCUACAUGGCUGGAUCGACGUCGCUAAGGCCUUGAUUGAGUUUGGUGCCGAUGUCAACGCUCAGGAUCGGUGGAAGAAUACGCCUCUGGCAGAUGCAGAAGGAGCCAAGAAACAUUCCAUGAUAGAGCUCUUAAAGUCAUAUGGUGGCUCGUCCUAUGGCCAAACUGGAAGCCAUUUUGAACCAAAGCCUGUUCCACCUCCACUGCCAAACAAGUGCGACUGGGAAAUAGAACCUUCUGAGCUCGACUUCUCAAACUCAACCAUCAUUGGGAAGGGUUCUUUUGGUGAGAUUUUGAAAGCCUAUUGGCGUGGGACACCAGUAGCUGUCAAGCGAAUUCUUCCAUCUCUCUCAGAUGAUAGAUUGGUGAUUCAGGACUUCCGACAUGAAGUCAAUUUGCUAGUGAAGCUUCGUCACCCUAAUAUAGUUCAAUUUCUUGGAGCUGUUACUGAGCGGAAGCCACUUAUGUUAAUUACAGAGUAUUUACGAGGGGGCGAUCUUCAUCAGUACCUAAAAGAAAAAGGUUCACUUAGUCCUUCAACAGCUGUAAACUUUGCAUUGGACAUUGCUAGAGGCAUGGCUUAUCUUCAUAAUGAACCAAAUGUCAUAAUUCACCGAGACCUAAAACCAAGGAAUGUUCUUUUAGUCAAUUCCAGCGCAGACCAUCUAAAAGUUGGAGAUUUUGGACUAAGCAAGCUCAUCAAGGUUCAGAAUUCUCAUGAUGUGUACAAAAUGACUGGGGAGACUGGAAGUUACCGAUAUAUGGCUCCUGAAGUUUUUAAGCAUCGGAGAUAUGACAAAAAGGUUGACGUGUUCUCUUUUGCAAUGAUACUUUAUGAGAUGCUUGAAGGGGACCCGCCACUUGCAAAUUAUGAGCCUUAUGAGGCAGCCAAAUAUGUGGCUGAAGGACACAGGCCUUUAUUUCGCGCAAAGGGAUACCUCCCUGACCUGAGGGAGUUAACAGAACAAUGUUGGGCGGCAGACAUGAGCCACAGGCCUUCUUUCUUGGACAUUCUCAAGAGGCUUGAGAAGAUAAAGGACAACCUACCGGCAGAUCAUCACUGGCAUAUAUUCAAUCCAUAACAUUUUACAAAUAUAACAUUUUAUACUAUACCAGUGUUAUAUUUCCAUCUUUGCCUUUCGCUCGACUCCCAAGUUGUACUAAUGGAUUGUGAAUAUUCAUAGCUGGGGAAAGAUUGCUAGAGUAAUAACUCUAACUCUUGCCUCAUAUGCGUGAAGUUUUAUACUGUAAUUGGAUUUUUGUCUCAAUAUUUUUUUACUGUAAUUCUUUUUGUGGUCUUGAACUGAUUAUGAGCGAAAAAGAACAGGUAAUUUCGCUA